CAGUCAGUCCUGGCACACCUUGACAUCAAUCCACCUGAGACACGGUGGCGGCUUCAGCUGUGGGUCGUGCGCAUGCGCACGGCGUCCUCGUUCAUCAGGAGGAUUCUAUAAGGGCAACCCAGAGUUAGACUACAGUAGCUGGACCGGACCGGACCGAGGCGGGCAGGAAGCACAUUUGUAAGGCGGAGGAGAUGGGGGACAAGGACAAAAGGAAGGAUAAAAACUCCAAGAGCGAUAUUGUCACUCUGAAAAAGGAAAUUGGACUUUUGAGCGCUUGCGCUAUUAUCAUCGGGAACAUCAUUGGCUCUGGAAUAUUCAUCUCUCCUAAAGGAGUAUUGGAGCAUGCAGGCUCAGUGGGGCUGUCACUUAUCGUCUGGGUUUGUGGAGGAGGGAUCUGUGCCCUUGGGUCCCUGUGUUAUGCUGAACUGGGUGUCACCAUCCCCAAGUCUGGAGGAGACUAUUCAUAUGUAACAGAAAUCUUUGGAGGGCUAGUGGGCUUCCUGUUGUUGUGGAGUGCUGUCCUCAUCAUGUAUCCGACUACACUGGCUGUUAUCGCGCUCACCUUCUCAAAUUACGUCUUGCAGCCGGCCUUCCAGAGCUGCAUUCCUCCGUUCAUCGCCACCAGACUCCUCUCCACCAUCUGUAUCUUAUUCCUGACCUGGGUGAACUGCUCCAGUGUGCGCUGGGCGACCAGGAUCCAGGAUGUUUUUACUGUAGGGAAUGCACUCAUCAUAGUGGUUGGCCUCGUCCAGAUCUGUAGAGGUCACUAUGAUGCUUUGCUACCCAGUGCAGCCUUUGAGUUCAGGCAGGACCCAUCAGUAGGACAGAUAGCACUAGCUUUCCUCCAGGCCUCCUUUGCCUACAGCGGCUGGAAUUUCCUCAACUAUGUCACAGAGGAGGUCGUGGAGCCUCGCAAGAACUUGCCCCGUGCCAUCUAUAUUUCCAUCCCACUGGUGACUCUGGUCUACACUUUGACUAACAUUGCCUAUUUCUCCUCCAUGACCCCUGCGGAGCUGCUGGCCUCCAACGCUGUGGCGGUGACAUUUGGGGAAAAGUUGCUCGGCAUGUUUUCCUGGGUGAUGCCCAUCUCCGUGGCAUUGUCCACCUUCGGAGGAAUCAAUGGGUAUCUGUUCACCUCCUCCAGGUUGUGUUUCUCCGGGGCCAGGGAGGGUCACCUACCCUAUCUACUGGCUAUGAUCCACCUGAAGAACUGCACUCCAAUCCCUGCCCUGCUGGUCUGUUGCAUUGCCACAAUAGUCAUCCUCUGCAUUGGAGAAAUGCACAACCUGAUCAACUAUGUGUCCUUUAUCAACUAUCUGUCCUAUGGGGUGACCAUUGCUGGGCUCCUCUACCUCCGCAAGAAGAGACCCAACCUGGCCAGACCCAUCAAGGUAAACUGGCUGGUCCCUGUCAGCUACCUGAUUUUCUGGGCUGUGCUGCUGGGCUUCAGUCUGUACUCUGAACCAGUGGUUUGUGGCCUGGGAAUGGUUAUCAUGCUGACUGGAGUCCCUGUGUACUUUGUGGGUGUUCAGUGGAAGGACAAACCCAAAUGGAUCCACAUGCUACUUGAAAGAGUCACAUACACGGGCCAGAAGGUGUGUUAUGUGGUGUUUCCUCAGGAAGACCCUUCAGAGACUGAACCCCUCACAGCCUCCAAAGCCACUGACUGAGCAGUGCAGUCAACCAGGAAUCCCAUUAUCAUUCUCAACACCUGCACUAGCAGCUGUUGUGUUACAAUUUUUCAUUGUUUGGUCUAGUUUGUGAAUGGUGAAGAGCUGGCUUUGCACUCGUUUUUGCACAGGUGUAGCCUCAGUGAGGCUUUAAAAGAAACACUUGGUUAUACUUGGGGCAUUAGCAUGUUGAACCCUAAAGCUGGGGCAUGUUUUUUAUGUAGCUCUGUCCAAUCUCACCUCACAGAUGUGCCACGUUUUCCCUUUUGUGUAUUUUCACCUCAUCUUCUUUCUGCUCACUCAAGGAAUUCCCACCUGUCUUUUAAUUCACUCCCAACAUCUCCUGUCAAUUUAUUUUAAAUCCAUUUGCUAAUGUGCUUUUGGAGAUAUCUGUUUGCAUAGUGUUUUGGUUUGUGCAGGUAUUUUGAGCACGUAGUAAAUUCUUAUGUAAAUGUACAGUACAGGCUUGUUUCAACACUUGGCAGCAGUAAUAGAGUACUGCUAUCAUCAGCUCUGUUUCACUAAUUAAUUGUCAACUGAGUAUUGUUCAGUAUUUCUGCCUGGCUACAGUAGAUGGCCAUUCCUUUUACUUUACAUUCCCUGCUUUCUCUUUACUUUUAUCACUUCUCUCUCCUGAGAGAUACUGCAGUGCCUUCAUGCUGUUAUUAGAAAAGGGCUCUACACAUAACACACACAACACAUCUUCUGAGCAAUAUUUAGAGCACAAGCUGGGGCUUCAGCUUGAAGAAUGGCCUACUCACUACGCUAGCUGCAGCUACACCUGCUCAUUACAACACGCAACAGGCUCUUCUUCCAGUUGAACACCUCGAGCCACUGAGCUUGUUGCUAGAAUUAUAUCUGGGAAUUUAAGGUGCUUUACCUGCCACGACAGUUGGUAGAUUUAAGAUUUCUCAGCUGAUGUGGUGAUAUAGUGCUUACCAUUAAUGCACAUUAGGUAACAUUAGCAGAGUCCAGGCUGACUUAAAGCUGGAUGGUUGGCAGUGGACACUUUUGCACAGGCUCGCUCCCACUUCCCCAAAGACGCGUCGGUACUGCAAGGACCACUGACUUUGUGUAGAGCAACUGACUUAAUAUCAUAAUAUUGCUGAAUUAAUUAUGGUCCCUUGACCUACAGUACUAGACUUGCCUGUGGUCCUGUUGAUUCAGUGUAGCUAUAUACUUGUGGCACAAAUGAAAUCCCAAGUUACCUUGAAAUUAUUGUCAGGUUUCUUACAGUAGCACACAAAUUUAAUGUGGGCCCAGAGACAUGUUGACGUGCAUUUUUUGGGUAAAAUCUUGCAGCACUUCUCUUUAAGCCGUUUAUGUCGUACAUACAACAGAACAUGAAGGGUUGGGCCAAUGGCCUUUUAACAUGUUGGAAUUAAUAUUGAACAUUCAGUUCUUUUCCAUGCCAACAGAUGCUGGGUAGAUUAUCCUGCAUCAAAUCCAUUGGCACACUUAAGAGAACCUACCUGUCCAUGUCCAGGCACUGUUGGCCCCGUGAGAUCUGUAAAUACUAUGUAAAGAGGAAAAAAAAAAAACUGCAAACGUGCCAGGGAGUCUUACAAAGAUUGUUCCUCAGACAUAUUGUUGUACAAUUGAUGGGUGUACCUUUGUGCUUUGUAAGUAUGAAGUUGUACAAGAAUAACAAUGUAAUUGCUUAUUAAAUAUACCAACUUCUGAAAAGCAUACCCCCCCUUGGAGGGCGUUUGAUGCAAAUGAUCAUACUAGUACUGUAACACAUUCCGUUAAAAUGGCAGUUACUGUCAUUUCAGGCAGUAUUCAGAUCUUUUUGCACAUUUAGAUUUGUGUAUACAAUUCACUUGUGCCCAUCAGUCUAGACACAAUCCAUAACGGUGAAAACAUUUUUAGAAAUAUUAAACAUCUUGUAAAUUUUUACUGGCUGUAGACUGGUCAAAUGUUAGUUUUAUUAUUUAAAGUGAAAGUGUCUGAAUACUUAAUGAAAUCACUGCAUAGUAAAUGUUAUACCUGUGUAUUAGCAUUUAGCUAAAAAGCAUUGCUGUACCUACACACCACAGUCUGCAGAGCUGCUAAUAGGGGUAGACGAGAUCUUACAAAGGUAACUGGUCACUGCAAGUACUGUUAAAUUACUGAUGAAAUAAUGCAAUUAAAAAUGUUAUAUAGCUCAAA